AUGAUUGAAAACAUCCAAGAGACGGACAACUCCAAUCAAUUGACUGAAAAUUAUAAAGACUUUGAAAAAACGUUACCAUCGGAUGCAGCCUUGAAUGUCCGAAAAUGGAUGAAUAUUGGAUAUCGACUCUAUGUAAAUAUGCUUGACAACUCUGAGUUUUCAUUCGUUCUGAGUUUUCCACAAAUGAUUUCUCAACUAUCAUUUUUGAUGACUGUUUGUCAGGAAAAAACAACAGGUCUCCAAACUGAGUUCGGAUGGGAUGCCACAUCAGGAGAACUUGCUCAUCAAUUUCAGGGAAAUUUCGAAAAUCGUGUGGUAGUGAAUGUUUGGGAGGAAGAAACUAUAAAUAUGGAUGCCACUAUGAAACCAGAGGAUAAAUUGAAUAAAGCAUCUGAAAUUGAGAAGAAGACACCGAUUCUGGUGUGGAUCAGUCACAUGAAUAUUGCACUUGAUCCAGCUGUUUUCGACGUCAAGUUCUUGUAUUUAUUGAACGAAAAACCUUAUUUUCGUAUCACAGCCACACCAACGAUCAGUGUUCGUGAAAUCGAAUCUGAAAUGCCUUGGGAUAUGAUAAUUGUUCCUUGUGUGUCGGAUAGUCUCUGCUUUGUUCUUAUUUACAAUUUCUCGCGGAAUCUGUCUACAUUCGAAGGCCUUCGUAUUCAUAUAAAUGAACAUAGACCAAGUGCACCUUGUGUCGUCAGAAAAUGUUCUCGUAAACUGAAUAAAACUGGUGGAGAAACAGACCAAAGAGGUCUGGUUGAAAAGACAAAAAAACAUAUUUAUAUUCCUCACUGGGAUGAAACUAACUUUCUACCAAAUAGAUUUGCAGAACUGCUGCAGAAAGUCGUUGAUAUGGAAGAAACAUUUACGGAAGGAGGUUUUGGAGAUUUAGCUCAUGGACGUGCAGUUCCUUCUCCCGGUGAAAAUGCAAACAAAAUCAGUCACCUUCAAAAUUUCUCAACGUUCGGAUUUGUCAAUUCUCCGAGUACACGCAAAGUACCAGAAGAAUCAAAUGAUGAAAGUGAGAUCGAAAAAGUCCCGUUCCCAUUCUGUGCAAUUCUUUGGGACACUAAUCGACAUGUUCCCGUUUACAUGGGAAAAAUAACUGGGAAAUGUGUAACACAAGUUGGGCCAGUUUUGAAAAAAAGUUGGUGGGAAAGACUAUCUGGAUACUUCAAACCAACAGAGUGA